AUGUUCGGUCAUAGGAUCUCAAGAUUCGGGUCUGCCAUUGUUAAACAGCUCGCAAGAGAAGGAUAUUUAUCGACAUAUGGGACAAGGAAUCUACAACGGUCUUAUGGGCAGUACUUGCGAUCUCCGCAAAUGAUGGUACAGAGGCAAACGAGGACUUCUCAAGAAGCCUUCUUCUUGAAGAACAAUAGGUUUUCUGCUUUUUCCACAACUUCCUCUGAGAAGGAUGAUGAAGAAACUAAAAAGAUAACUAUAAUCUUUGUUGAUAAAGACGGAGAGGAGAUACCUGUGAAAGUCCCCAUUGGAAUGUCUGUGCUCGAAGCUGCUCAUGAAAAUGAUAUAGACCUCGAAGGGGCAUGUGAGGCUUCUCUAGCAUGUUCAACAUGUCACGUGAUUGUGAUGGACACAGAAUACUAUAACAAACUGGAAGAGCCAACAGAUGAAGAGAAUGAUAUGCUUGAUCUUGCUUUUGGGCUCACAGAAACGUCACGGCUCGGAUGCCAAGUCAUUGCAAGACCAGAGCUAGAUGGUGUUCGCUUGGCCAUUCCUUCUGCCACAAGGAACUUUGCGGUUGAUGGAUUUGUUCCUAAACCACAUUAG